AUGAACUCCCUCAAUUUCGUCUCCUCCCGCGUCUCUCCCUCCUCGUCCCCUGCCCCUUCACGGUCUAACUCCCUUGGCUCAAUGGGCAUCACCGUCACCUCCGAGGAGGAGGAGGAGCAACACGCUUCGCCCGGGGGCUUCGACGAGAAACGUCCUCAUUCCGCGGACCCCGACCAUUACGAUUCCGCUGGCGCCCCGGCCGACGAACACACACCUCUGUUGGCAGGAAGCGACCCCAAGGACUCCGGACUCAGGCAGUCGCCCUGGCACCUAGUCCCCAGACGGAUAUUCAGCGCCGUCAUAGAUUCACUGCGCUGGGUUCUGUCUACUCUGGCUGCACCCGGUGUCUAUCUCAUCGCCUGCCUCUACGACGAACACGGACAUUUCGCCCCCUGGCUACAAAUCAAAAGGCUCUUCGGCGCAUAUCACGGGAAUCCACGGAAAAUGGCCUCGGCAAUGCAAGAGAAAGCUGCGCUGGAGGAUAGGGACAGCCUGACGCGUGGCGAAACUAUCAAUAUAGGCCGAGGAAACGCCAUGACAACACGCCCUAUACCAUCGUCCGGCUCCUCGACGUCGGGCCUCUCCAGCGAGUCCGAGUCUGAAAUGGACAGGGAAUUUAGUAGCAGGCACUCACGGCCCAAGUCCUUGCAAGAUUCUGAAGAGAUCAGCCCUUCGAGGCGGUCGAUCCGGAUCAAACUGCACAACGAGGAAUCUCUAAGGCAACGUAAACACAGAAAAGGGCAGUCGACCAGCUCUCGCCGAGGUACAACGGGUGGCCAGCAGCAAAAGGACAUAUCAGCGCACCUGAAGUCGCCCACGUCUCCCGUCGGUGCGCUGACGAAAUAUCCCAAGACCCCGGCACCUCCGAGACCACUCAUUCCCCGACGUCAACCAUCGUAUAUCAAUGUGGAAGCCAAUGCGCAAACGCCGCAGAAGACCCUGAUCCUUGACCUGGACGAGACCUUGAUCCACAGCAUGUCCAAGGGGGGCAGGAUGAGUACUGGGCAUAUGGUGGAGGUCAAGCUGAACACGACUUACGUUGGGGUCGGCGGGCAGGCCAGCAUUGGGCCUCAACAUCCUAUACUGUAUUACGUUCACAAGCGACCGCAUUGCGACGAUUUUCUGCGACGGGUCUGCAAAUGGUUCAACCUCGUGGUGUUCACGGCAUCGGUGCAGGAAUACGCCGACCCGGUGAUCGACUGGCUGGAAUCGGAGAGGAAGUUCUUCACGGCACGGUACUACCGGCAGCACUGCACAUUCAGGCACGGCGCCUUCAUCAAGGACCUGAGUGCUGUCGAGCCCGAUCUGAGCAAGGUCAUGAUACUGGACAACAGCCCGCUCAGCUACAUGUUCCACCAAGAUAAUGCCAUCCCGAUACAAGGCUGGAUCAAUGACCCCACAGACAACGACCUGCAACAUCUCAUACCGUUCUUUGAAGGACUCCAGUACGUCUCAGACGCGUCAUAUCCCACCUCGGUCAAGUGA